UUAUGAUGACAAUGUGACCGUGGCUGCGACUGCAGACGCAACAAACACCUUCGAUCAAGUAGCUGGUACGACCCUCUCAGGUGUGCUUCUCGGGGUCAGCGACAACCGUCUCCAAGGUCAAGGUCAAGUAAAGCGUCGAUCUCACGGCACCGCCGACGAGGCGCAGGGGAGAGGAGUGGGUCAGUUGCUCACCUGGUGAGGAAAAACGCAGCCGUUUGUGGACAGUGAGACUGCGAAAGACUAGCGGUGCUGCGCAGUGAUGGUGCGCUAGCAAGGGCGAGUCCUGCUCUUGGAUGGUCAGGAGGUGCGAUGAGCGAUGCUUCAGAGGAGGGGAAGGCCGGAGGCAAGGAAUGGCUUCUGCUUGCUCGACGGUCGCAAAGCCGCUCCCGGGCGUUCCUGCACUCUUUUCGAUCGGCGAGCAGCAAGGGAGCGGCCUUGUUUGCGCGGCUAAAGUGCCAGAGCCUCGCCAUCAAUUUACAUCGCUACAAAGGGGGAAAGGUCACACAAGACUCGAUAGCCGACAGGCUGGCUUUCAAAGGCUCGAUAGGCGCUGAGUAUCACCCAUUUGAACCUUGGGAGCACACCAUCGCCUUGGCGUGUACAUUGUCAACUGUAGCAGCCCACGCUAGCACAGCGAAGUGGCCAUCGGCAACCCACUCUUGCUCAGUGCCUCGAGCAUCUGCUUCUUCAAGGUUUAGCUCUGAUAGUGUCCGUCGCUUUUUUGUAGCUACAGCGACAAUUUUUGGUCCCCUUCGGCCCCCCUUGAGUACGGACAAAGCGAUUGACGCAACUUCUAGAGCACAUCCACACGGGACAUGCACUCAGCGAAAGGGGCCAGCAGCAGAGUGCGCCAGCACUCGUAGCCGCACCCCUGGAAGCUGCAAAAUUGGGGCCUUGGGUCUCACUGAUUUUACAGACGCGAGCCGUUGUACACAGGAUAGACUGUCCACGAUGUGACCGCGAUUCUUGUCCCCCACAUCAGCACCAUGGUGCAUCAGGGAGACACCACAUGUGUCCCUCGGGUCUAUCGGCAGGCACAGAGGGCGGAGUUUGAAGUCCACAGCACGGACUCACAGGCGUGGUGGAGGAAGGCGAGGACGGGCCUCAGGCAGCCCAGAUCCUGUCCGUACCUUACCUACGCCUUGGCGCGGCAUACGUAUUCGUCAUUGCUGCCUG